AUGAGCCGUGAGGUAUGACCACCAAGCGCGUAGCUACGAAAAGCUUUAUAAUAGCCAAGCACCCAAAUUAUUGCUUGGUCCUUUCUCAAUCCUCCCUCACUUAUCUGCACUAGCACACAAAACACAGACCAACAGAUGGAUCGCAGAGUGCAGUAGGAGUACAUAGAUCAAUGGAGGUGGUGAGCGCUUCUCAUGGAGCGUUGGGUCCCCUACUUGGGAAGCUCACCUCCCUGCUUGCAGAUGAGUGUGUCCGACUCAAAGGUGUCCGUCGUGAGAUCCGGUCACUCAGGUCUGAGCUGAUCAGCAUGCAUGCUGCAGUCCAGAAGUAUGCCAUGCUACAACAUCCUGAUGUCCAGGUGAAGGCAUGGAUAUCACUGGUGAGGGAGCUGGCCUAUGACACCGAGGACGUCGUCGACAAGUUCGUCCACCAUCUUGGCAACACCAGCCACCACGAUGGCUUCAAGGAGUUCUUCCGGAAGACUGCUCGCCGGCUCAAGACUCUUGGGUCUCGAUACGGAAUAGCCAACCAAAUUGAUGACUUGAAGGCUCGUGUCAAGGAGGUGAAAGAGCUCAAGAGCAGUUACAAGCUGGAUGAUAUGGCUGGUAGCACCUUUGACCAUUCCAUCGUGGAUCCCCGGUUGUCUGCGCUUUUUGUCGAGGAAGAACACCUUGUAGGCAUUGAUGGUCCAAGAGAUGAUCUUGUUAAUUGGAUGGUGGAAGAGAGAGAAAGCUCGACCAAGAAUCUCAAGGUGUUGUCUAUUGUUGGGUUGGGAGGGUUGGGAAAGACAACACUGGCGAAGGAGGUCUAUCGCAAGAUCCAAGGGAAUUUUCAUUGCCAGGCUUUCGUGUCAAUCUCUCAAAAGCCGAAUGUGAAGAAAAUCAUGAAGGAUGUGGUCUCCCAACUGCCUUGCAAGAAAGAAUUUACGGAAGAUAUAGACUUUUGGGAUGAAAAGAAAUUUAUUGCGAAGCUAAGGGAACUGCUACAAAAUAAGAGGUACCUCAUCGUUAUUGAUGAUAUAUGGUCUAUAUCAGCGUGGGGCACUAUUAAAUAUGCUUUCCCGGAGAAUAAUCUUUCUAGCAGAAUUAUAGCUACUACACGAAUUGUUGAUGUAGCAAGAUCAUGUUGUCCACAUGGUGACAUUGAUCGCAUCUAUGAAAUGGAAGGCCUAAAUGAUCUUCAUUCCAAAAGGUUGUUUUUCAAAAGAACAUUUGGUUCCGAGGAUCAGUGCCCUGAUGUGCUAAAACAAGUUUCAAAUAAAAUAUUGAAGAAAUGUGGAGGUCUACCAUUGGCAAUUAUCAGUAUAUCAAGUUGGUUGGCAAACCGACCCAAGGUCAAAGACGAGUGGGAGAGGAUUAGUAGGUCUAUUGCUUCUGCAUUGGACAAAAACCCAAGCUUGGAGGGAAUGAAUAGCAUACUGUCCCUUACCUACAAUGAUCUCCCAACUAAUCUUAAGACCUGUUUGUUAUAUUUAAGUAUAUUUCCUGAGGACUAUCUCAUUGACAGAGAGAGUUUAGUGAGGCGAUGGAUAGCAGAGGGGUUUAUCUCUGAAGAGCGUGGACAGAGCAAACAGGAGGUCGCCGAGAACCACUUCUAUGAGCUAAUCAACAGAAGCAUGAUCGAACCAGUGGAAAUUGUCUAUGAUGGUAAGUCUCGUUUCUGUCAAGUCCACGACAUGAUGCUCGAGUUCAUCAUUUCAAAAUCUGUUGAAGAUAAUUUCAUCGCUUCGGUGGGCCAUGGGCAGACUGAUCUAGCAAAUCGCCAUGGUCUUAUUCGGCGACUGUCAGUCCAUUAUAUUGACCAAGAGCUGGCAUCUGUAUUGGCAAAUGAAGAUUUAAGUCAUGUUCGAUCUCUAACAGUAACAGCAUCAGCUUGCAUCAAACACUUGCCUAGUCUUGCUGAGUUUGAAGCUUUGCGUGUACUAGAUUUUCAAGGGUGUCGAAGUAUGCAAGAGUAUGAUAUGAAUGGCAUCGAUAAACUUUUCCAGCUGAAGUACUUGAGCCUCAGAGGCACUGACAUGUUGAAGCUACCAUCAGGAAUUGUGAGGCUACAUGGUCUAGAGACGCUAGAUCUUACCAAUACAUAUAUCAGAGAGUUGCCACCCAAGAUUGGUCAGCUCAUUAAGCUACGACAUCUACUCAUUGCAAGAUACCGCAACAUGUAUUCCCAUGAACACUCUAGGUUUCAAGCUAUAACCAAGAUACCAGAUGGAAUAGGAAAUAUGAGGAACUUACAGGUGAUCUCAGGCUUUAAUGUUACCGAGAGUUCAUUAGGUGCAGUGGAAGAGCUGGGGAAUCUGACAGCUUUGCAAGAACUAAAUUUUGAGCUGGACGGCAGAGGGUCUCAGGAAUACAAGAGGUAUGAAGAGAUGUUACUUUCCUCUCUAUGCAAGCUUGGCGGAUGCAAACUCCAGUCUUUAUGGAUACGUGCUGCCAACUCGACACCACUCGCGUUCUUAGAUUCUUGGUCCCCUCUGCCAUCUUCUCUCCAAAAAUAUCGGAUGACCACUAGAUAUCAUUUUCCGAAUAUGCCAAAGUGGAUUACGCCAAAACUCACUAGUCUUGCGUACCUAGACAUCAAUUUAGUGGAAAUAACAGAGGAGGAUCUGCGCAUACUUGGGGAGAUGGGUGCCUUACUUUCUCUGAUGUUAACAUUCUAUUGUGUUAAAAAAGAUAGGCUUAUUAUCAGAAGCCAUGCGUUCCUAUCUUUGAAGGAAUUCUGCCUUAUGAUUGGUUUUUCUUAUGCCACAAGGGAGACAUAUUUGAAAUUUGAAGAAGGGGCAAUGCCAAAGCUCGAGAAGCUCGACGUGCCAUUCUUUGUGUCAGUGGCGAAAGCCUAUGGGUUUACGUUAGGAAUUAACCAUCUCCCAUGUUUGAAACAUGCUGAGGUUAGUCUUGACAAUAUAGACGCGACAUCUUCCGAAAGCAAGGCUGCUGCAGCUGCCAUAAGGAAUGAAGCAAAGGCCAACUCCAAUCAUCCCAGGGUAUUUAUCUACCGAGAAAUGGAAGAGGAGGGCUAGAUACCUGGAAAAUGUUACGAUCACUACACUUCAUUACCAGUGCAAGAGGUGAAAUUUUGCUCAUGCAAACGCGAGGUGGUGCGCUGCCUUGAAUGAAUGUUGCUCUUUGAGGCGCCAUUCGUUUUGCCUUUUGGAUGGGAAUACACAUGUCGAAAGAAAAAGCUCAAAUAAAGAUGCCCCGGAAGAAGUUGUCUUAGUUGCUGUGCUACAGGGCACCCAUUCGUUUUAAUUGAAACCUUGUAUCUGAUUUCAUCUCCCCACGUGUUUUGUUAAGAAAUAAGGUCACCUCCGGGUGAAGUUCAUAUUAUUAUUAGUCGUUGGUGCCCUUAAGUACUCGUGUGUAACUUAACUUGCUGGAUCUUUAUCUUAUGUUAAGCCGAAACAGCUGGAUUGAUAAACAUUUGCAACAA